UGUGUUGUCGUGCCCAACAGCUAUCUGUGAAACGCAUCAUUGAAUUGAAUAUACUGUGCUGCAACUAUUCCAUAAAAAGUUUUGAAAAAUAGUUCUAAUGGACAACAUUAUUUACGAUUUUUUUCUUCAGUAGGUAAACUACAGGAUUACCAUAUUUUUCUUGGAGAAAUGGCAAUAUCGUUAAUUGAUGAAUUUCGAAAAAGGUGGUUAACAUCAGUUAUUGGUAUUUGCAUAUUUGGUGCUGGGGUGUAUUUGCUAACAUGGAACGAGGGAAGAGCUGUACAUCAUCAUCAUUCAUUAGAGGAAGUGUUCCAAAAUGCUAUUUCUUUAAACCAGUAUGAUAAAUUAAGGCCUGAAUUUGAUGGAAGGGUUGUUCAUAUUGCUGGAGAUUUAGUGGUUGAUGAACCUUUAACUGAUCCUGAAUAUGGUAUUUCUAUUCAAGCAGUGAAACUUAAGAGAAGAGUUCAGAUGUAUCAAUGGGUAGAAGAACGAUCGCCUAGAAAUGAUGGUGAUGAUAUUGUUCAGCAAAAAUCAGAGAAUGAUUAUUAUUAUGUUACUGAAUGGCGAGACAAAUUAGUAGACAGCAGUACUUUUUACAUAAGGCAUGGUCACCGUAAUCCUCGGGAAAUGCCAUUAAAAACAGUAACAUAUAUUGCACCUUAUGUCCAAGUAGGUGCAUUGAAAUUGGGUGCAGAAAUAAAAGAUAAAUUUAUCGACUUUACUGAAGUUUCCAGUGAUGAACGUCCAGAAAGAAGAGAUAUCAAGUUACAUAUGGGAAUUUAUUAUCACUGUCAAGAUGUUUGGAAUCCUGAGGUUGGUGACAUUCGAGUCCAAUUUUACUAUGCUGGUAUGGCUGGAGAACCUGUUACUGUAAUUGCACAACAGCAGCAUGAUAUUUUAAUUCCUUAUCACUCAAGCAGAGGACGUGACAUUGCUUUGCUAAGGUAUGGAAACUUAGAUGUUUCACAAAUGUCAAAUUUUGAACAUUCCGAUGCAAGGUGGGAGACUUGGACCUUUAGAUUUUAUGGAUGUUUUUUUGUUUAUUGCUCAACAUUGUGUCUGUCAUGGUUGCUGAAGGCAUUGUAUGUUUCAGUUUCAAAUCUGCACAAUUUCACAGGUGAGGCAGUGGAUUGUAACAAUUUUAUGGUGGCAGGUUCUGCCUCACUGUUGAUAAUAGCAUCUGCUUGGAUCUCGCAUAGGCCUGUCAUUGGUGUAAGCCUUGUAUUUACUGCUAUUAGUCCAUUUUUAUAUUGCAUAAUGGGAGUUUAUAAUGCUGCCCAAAAUGGUUUUGGAUUGAGAAGUUGAAAUUAAAGUCAAAACUAUAUUUGUGGCCUAGCAAAUAAUGGUAUGGUACUCUAUUGUAAGACAAGGAAAGAGAAAUGGUCACAGAGGAAAGAGUAAUGAAGUCGCAAUUGAUUGAUUUGUUGCCAAACAUGUUCAGCUUUAAAAAUAAA